AAAUCGCAACUUGCACUAAAUAUUUCAUGCGUUGUUCUCGAGUCUCUUUUUGUUUGAUUUAGCACGGGACAUUUAGAUAUGCACUAAUACAAACUUAUCCAUUAUUUAUUUAUUUGAUUUUCAAGCUUUGCUCUUUUAGAAAUAAUAAAGAGCACAACAAUCAAUCCGCUCACUGACGAGCGCAAAGUCGCAUCGCAUCGCUUUGUCCCUUUCAUCUCUUCACUUUUAAUUACGCAUAACUAUGGCGGCAUAUGUCUCGCUUGAGCUUUUUGUCUCUGUUAUACUCUUUUGGAAUUCUGAAGUAUUUUUGCGCUAUUAGAUCAGCAUUUAAAAUUUCAGCAGCCAAAUAAGAACAGUGAACAACAGCUUUUGAUUGGUGUGGGCAUUUUCGCACGCGAACAUGCUAACAACGCAAUUUCUUAUCGUCACCGCUCUAACACUGUUGGGCUACUGCAUCUACUGGCUACGUAAACGUAUGCAGUACUGGCAGGAUCUUGGUAUACCAUGCGAUAAGCCCAACUUUAUAUCUGGCAGUCUGACGGGUAUUCUGAAGACGCGCACUUUCGCGGAUAUCGCACGAGACACAUAUAAGAAACAAUUCAAAGGCACCGGUCCAUUUUGCGGUUUCUAUUGGAUACAACGUCCGGCUGUAUUUGUGCUCGAGACUAGCUUGGUGAAAUCAAUACUCAUUAAGGACUUCCAAAACUUCGUCGAUCGUGGUUUCUACAGCAAUCCGGAAGAUGAUCCGCUCACAGGGCAGCUCUUUCUCUUGGAAGGCCACAGAUGGCGUGUAAUGCGCAAUAAGCUCUCACCUACCUUCACUUCAGGCAAAAUGAAAAAUAUGUUUCCGAUUCUCAGGCAGGUGGGUGUUGAGCUGGUAAGGGUUGUUGAAGAGACGUUGAAGGCUGGACCAAAUGUGGAGGUACGUGACUUAGUAUCGCGCUUCACUAUGGAUGUGAUUGGCCUGUGUGCUUUCGGCAUUGAGUGCAAUAGUUUGAAGAAUCCGAAUGAUCCCUUCCGACAGAUGGGUAGGCGUGUGUUUUUAGAUCAGCGCCAUGGUUAUUUAUGCAACGCAUUCAUUGUGCUCUUUCCCAAACUCUGCCGCCGUUUGCACGUAAAGAUGACGCCGGAGCAUAUUACAGAGUUCUAUAUGCGUAUUGUGCGUGAGAACAUCGCUUAUCGGGAGUCGAAUAAUAUCAAACGUAAUGACUUUUUCGAUAUGCUUUUGGAGCUGAAAAAUAAUAAAAUGAUGAAAUCCGAGGAUGGUCAAGCAUUGACAAAUAUAACAGUAGAGGAGUUAGCUGCGCAGGCAUUCGUGUUUUUGGUCGCAGGCUUCGAGACCUCUUCGACUGCCAUGAGCUAUGCGCUCUACGAACUAGCACAGCGCAUAGAGAUACAGCAGCGUGCGCGGGACGAGGUUUGCGAAGUGUUGGCGCGCCACAAUGACGAGUUCACCUACGAGUGCAUGUCCGAAAUGGUUUAUCUUAACCAGAUCAUAUCAGAAACUCUUCGGAAACACACAAUUGUUCCACUAAUCUCACGUGAAUGCAGAGAGGACUACCAAGUCGCGGACAAUCCACGUUAUAAAAUCGAGAAGGGCACAUUUGUUUUGAUACCAGCGGUGGCCAUACAUUAUGAUGAGGAUUAUUACCCCAACCCCGAGGAGUUCAAUCCGGAUAAUUUUACACCCGAAAAGGUCGCCGCACGCGACUCCGUUGAGUGGUUGCCCUUUGGCGAUGGGCCCCGCAAUUGUGUCGGCUUGCGCUUUGGUCUCAUGCAAAUGCGUGUUGGGUUGGCCUAUUUGUUGAAGAACUUUAAAUUCAGCGUUAGCGAGAAGACCCAAAUACCGUUAAAAUACAACAUGAAGACCUUCUUGAGCAUGAUUGAUGGCGAUAUAAACUUGAAGGCCGAAAAGGUGCGCUCUUGAUUGUUUUACAUGGCAAGAAUAGCAUAAAUAAGUGUUUUUUUUUUCAAAUUAUCAUUUUUUACG